AUAAAAUGUUGGAUUCAGUAUGUAAAAAACAUAAAAGGUCAAAAAAAACAAAAAAAUCUUGGAGAAAACAUGCAGAUAUAAAAGAUGUUGAUAAUUUUCUAGAUAAUUUAAGAUUAGAAGAAAGAUUAGGGAACCUAUUUUCUCAUAAAAAAAAUGAGGAAUUAUUUACUGUUGACAAAAACAGAAACACUUAUAAUCCUAUUAAAAAUAAUAAUUUAACUAAAUCACAAUAUAGGGAGUUAUUAAACAAUUUAGAACCAAAUUGUUUUGCUAUUUUAAAAUCAUUUACAGCAGUUCCAGAUCCGAUUGUAAAAAGAAACUGUGUUAAAACUAAAGAGAAAAAGAAAAAUUAUAUAUUCAAGCAAUUAAAGAAUCAGUUGAAUUUAAAAGAUAAAAUAUUAAUACAAAAUGAAUUAUCAAUUCAAAUAAAUAAACCCAAGAGGGAUGAAUUUAAUAUUGAUAUUUGGAAAGAAAAAUCUAUUGAAUUUGAUUUUAAAAAUGGAUGGCUUAAUAAUAAUACCAGAAAACACUUAUUAAGAAAUUCAGGUGAAAGGCAAAAAAGAAUACCAAUUUCAUUAUACAAGAAAUCUCUUUUGCCUUCAAUUAUUAUGCCACAUCCUGGUACUUCUUAUAAUCCAUCCUACAUUGACCAUAAAAAUUUACUUCUUCAAAUAGCAAUGGAAGAAAUGAAAUUAAUAAAAGAAGAGAAACAUUUAAGUAGAGUAACAAAAAAAGUGUUUCAUAAGCAAACAAAUGAUAAUGAUUUGAGUGAAAUGUCUGAAGGACUAUGUAUUGAUAAGGGGAAAAAUUAUAUUACACAUAAUGAAAACAGUGAGCAAAAUAUUCAAUCUAUUAAUAAUCUUAUAAAUAAUGAAGAUAGUGAGCAAAAUAUUCAAUCUAUUAAUAAUCCUAUAAAAAAUUCAAAAAAAUCUUUAAUACAACGCCGUAGACAAAAAGAACAACAAAACUUACAACAACAACAGUUAAAACAAAAGGUUGAAAAGAAAAAAAUAGUAGAUAUUUAUCAUCUUAAUAAUUUAAAAAAUCAGAUUAUUAAAACUAAAAAAAAAGAAAAAUUCUUACAUGAAAAAAGAUUAAAAAUGAAAGCUAAAAGACAACUUGAGCCAAAGAUAUUAAGUAAAAACAAGUUUGAACCUUUAGAACAAGAAUUUCAAAUAGAACAAGAAUUGUCAGGCAAUUUAUGGUGUACUCAACCUAUCGGUAGCUUAUUAAAAGAAAGAUAUAAAUCUCUUCAACAAAGAAAUAUUAUUGCUCCUGGUAGACUUGUAUUGUAA